AUGAAAAGUUUUAGAGACAUAGGGGAGAAGGUUAGAGAUGGCGGAGGGCUGAACAUUGGGCUUACAAUUACAAUUAGGAUGGACUCUCCUGAGUCUUCCAAGCUUACCUCGACCAACUGUGAAACUGCGCCUGCUCAAGAUUCGCCUGUUUUUAAUUUUCUUAGCAACCUUUCCCCCAUACAGACAGUGAGAGCUGCACCAGUUACACAAGUCUUCCCUGAGCUGAAUUCUCCUCCUCUUGUAUUCACUUCGCCUCAACUUAAUCUCCAUAGGCGGUCAGCUUUUCUUAAAAGGGCACAUUUUCCUAGAGCUUCCGCUUCACUUUUAGCCGGGCAUGCUGAAGAUGGCAAGGGAUAUGGAAAGCUGAAUAUUCAGCUGAGCACUAGGCUUGAAAAGGCCACAGAUAGCAAUUGCCCUGAGAAUGACUCAACCGAAAGUUCUGCAGGAAGCCCCGAGCAGUUCUUGGCUGACAUUGUGGAGGGGGAAUCUGAAAAUCAGAAAUUCUCAAAUAAUUCACCUUCUGAAAAAACUGAAUACACUGAUCAGCCACCAGAUGCUGGAACAGAAGCAAAGGAACUUAUCAUGGACCAUGUGUGCGAAUCCGAAACUAAUUCAAGAACUAGCAAACAAAUAGCUCUUCGGACUGAUGUUAUUAGAAUGCAUAAUGAAGAGGUACUUGAAGAAAAUAUAUCAAUUGAUGUGAAUGCUAUGGAAAAAGAUACAAAUCGGGUGGAUGGUGUUUCUGGUGACCACUGUCAUGAGAUGGAACAUGAGUUGAUCAAUCAGACAGAAGAAGAUAAUAUGGACGAGAAUGCGGAGGUCGAGCUGGCUGAUCAUUCAGAUCAAUCGUGUCAUUUUCUUUCAGGUUCGGUGGAAAUAGGGGAAGAGGAUGAAAUUCUUGCUGAGGCUACUGGAGCAGUUUUGACUGAACCAUCUCUUGUAAGAGUGCACGAUGAUGACCGCGAGGCUUUUCAACACCGGGGAGUACGUAGACGUUGUCUUCAGUUUGAAGAUGCUCAGCUCAAGGUAAUGUCCAGUCAGACUGCUAAAAGUACUUUGGGCAUUGAGGGGUUAAGACCAAUAACUUUAGAGACAUCAUCAACUCCCAUCAACACCAUUGAUGAGGUGGGCCCUCCCAUUUCAUGCUCUAGAAAUAGUUUAAACUCUACCAUCAACAUUCCCAAGCCGUCAGGUAUUGGCUUGCACCUGAACAGUAUAGUCAAUGCUGUGAAAGCUGGCUCUGGUACUUCAAAAGUAAGUUUGAGGUCAGCUCAGUGGGGUAAUUUCAGUAUAGUCGGGAAGAAAUCCAUGCACGUGAACGAAUCUCAUCCAGUUGAUUGCUCGAAUUAUUCUUCAAUGUUACCUCCAGUGGAGAAUCUUUCAGCCACCACUGACGAUAAUAGGCAUGAAGGUCAAAUUAUUCUUCAGAAUGAUUCCGUCAUCUUAAAUUCAUUAGAGGAAGAGUCAACACCAGGUAUGAAGAGGAAGUGUACUGAAAAAUCUGGUGGAUUUAAGGAGAUAAAGUUAUCAGACCCAGGUGAAGAAGGCGGUGGUUGCAAACGUUGUAAUUGUAAGAAGAGUAAAUGCUUGAAGCUUUACUGUGAUUGCUUUGCUGCCGGGAUCUAUUGUGCCGAACCUUGUGCAUGCCAAGAUUGCUUUAACACGCCUGAACAUGAGGCCACAGUUAUUGAGACAAGGCAAAAGAUUGAAUCGAGAGAUCCCCUUGCAUUCGCUCCUAGAGUUGUACAACGCGCAAAAGUUGGCUGUUCAGAUGGAUGCCGAUGUGAAGGAUGCCAAAAUGUCUUUGGCCAAAAGGGUGUUAUGGUUGCUCGAAAAUCCGCUGUGGCUCUGCCUGAGGAAUAUUGCUCGAUUAAAGAUGUGUUGAGUGAAGAAGAUUACGAGAUAGCAGAUGGGCCGGCAUCUAAUAUGGCUGUAAACCAUACUGAGGUUUUCAACGCACACCAUUUGACUCCUCCAACACCGGCAUUCCAGUUCUCAAAUAACGGGUCCCCUGUGAACUCGGAUGAUAUUAAUAAUAAUAACACCAUGUGUGAAAAUUCCCCCGAAAUAAUGCUCGAUCUGGCUUCUUUCGAUCAUGACUUACAAUCGAAUCUUCAUCAUCAUAAGUUUGGGGGUGAGUCAUCCAGUGGUGUUAUCCAGGAUGAUACGCCGGAAAUGUUAAAGGACGGUUUUACCCCUGUCAAUGGCGUGAAAGUUUGCUCACCGAACAAGAAACGUGUUUCUCCUCCUCAUGUGAGGCUGCAUGAAUUUAGCGGCUCGAGCUCGUCAGUUGGGAUUCGAACUGGGCGUAAAUUUAUCUUGAAAGCUGUCCCGAGUUUUCCUCCUCUUACCCCAUGCGUUGAUUCGAAAAGUGCUGACAAGUCAAACGAGCCUCAAGAUCGAUACGUUUUUAUCCUUGGAAAUCAAGAACGG